AUGGUCGCUAUUAAGGCUUCUGCUCUUUUGGCGCUUCUGCCGUUACUUGCUAUUGCCGACGAGGCUCCUGGCUUUACUAUGGACCUGAAUCCUGGAAAGUUGGUCCCUAAGAUGCCAAGCGGCUCCAAAGAGGAAGCCUGUAUCAAGGCCUACAAGGAGCGCCACGUCGAAUGUGUCCCAGAAAUUAUGCACUUGAUCACACUAGGUGACCCGAACGAAGUACCUACUGAAGAUCAACUCAAAGAAGUCUGCACAAGCACUUGCCUUGACAGCUUGAGAAAAUGGAUUCGUGGUACCAGCGACUGUGGACCGGAGAAGUUCUUGAAAUUCCUCAAGCUGUCGAAUAGCACAACGACAGAUGCUGGAUACAAGACCGCUGAUUUACAGCAAUUCUUCAUCAAUGAGGUUUAUUGGGACAAGUGUCUUACGGAUCUUGGCAAGCCACAAAACGGCGGUAGCAAGUGGUGUGUCCUUCAAUGGGAAGCAAUCAUCGCUGCAGAGAAUAACCAUCUUCCGGAUCUAUUCGCUACUUCAGAUCCAGAUGAUUUCUGCAAGGACCAAACCUGCGGUGCACAAUUCGCUUACCUUUCCGCACCUAAAAAGUAUAUCAGAAAGCUCGAUGAUAAGAAGGGACUCAAGGCUGGUGAAGAUCCAAAGAUUGAGAUGAUCACUCUCAAAGACGCCUGCCCAAAGAUUGAUACUAGCAAAUUCCCCAAGAGAGAAGAAAAGGUCACAGUUGCCGAAUCAACCGCGGGAGCCGAGAAGGCUGAGACUGAUAACAAGGCAACAAGCGAAAAGUCUACGUCGGAGAGUAGUAAAGGUACCGAAGCUAAGCCAGAGGGUGCCACGAAUUCCGCCGCAGUGAAAAGUUUCCAGGCUGGCUUUGCCGUCUCUGCCCUUCUCAUAGCCGUUGGGGCCCUUAUCUUGUAA